UACUCGCUGGGAACUCGUCUGUUACUAUCGAUACCUACUGGAGCUGGUAAAAAAGCUUCUCUCAUACUAGCACGCUUAUAAAACGCCUAGUCUCAUAAAUGUCUCUACACACACUGAACUCACGACCACACUACUGCCAAGCCGCUCUCUUCACGGGUACUCGGAAGCCAUUUUCUGCGACUGCGACACCGAAAGGCGCUGCGCUCGCGCGGGACGUCUCUCCUGCCAAUCCUGUGCUCCGCCGCCAUAUGCAAGUGGCGAGUUUGCCUUCUCUGACUUCUAUAUCCUGAGGUAGAAUGUAAACCAAAACCGAAAACACAGUACCUAACGGCCGGACUCACGACGACAUUCUAAGGGUUAGUGAACGUGGCUCGGCAAAUAUAUAAUAAUCGGCGGCUAAAGCCACUUCACUUAUCCCUUGGAGAGAUCUCUGUCUUAAACUGCGUUGCUGUCUACGGUCAGAAGCGGCUCAGGUCUCUGCAGUAGUCGGAAGAGGUACGAAACAAAAACCCUGCCUCUGUGUAGAAAAGCAAAACUGCACACCACGCCUGGUGCCGGGGGAGCCUGUUCGUUCUCCCGGCACCGCCCCCUGCUGCUUCUCACUGUUCCCAAUGCCGGACCUGCUGUAGAAGAAAAUCUCCCCGGCGCGUCUGGAACUGCUUAUGUAAAAAUGAAUCAAGUUAAGAAUGAACAGCAGAGAAGUGCUGUGGUAGAGUGUGCUUCAUGUCAUGUUGGCUUUCUGUUUAAAAAAACAGUAGGCUGGCAAUUUUAAAGGGACAGCAACAAAGUGAUGACCACGUGCCAAGUGCCAGCUGCCCUUAUUCAUCAGAUUCAACAAGAACUGGAUGAAGAAGAAGAAGAGAUGAUGGUUUUCCUAUGCCGAGAUCUUGCUCCUGACUUGGCCAAUGCUGACCUUAGAGAGCUUUUGGUGGCUUUGAAUGAGAGGGAAAAAUUGUCUUUGCUUGGCUUGUCUGAGUUGUUAUAUAGAGUUAAGAGGUUUGACUUGCUGAGGAGGAUCUUGAAGACUGAGAAGGCAACAGUGGAAGCUGACCUUGCCAGGAGUCUCAGUCUUGUCCCUGAUUACAGGGUACUAAUGCUGGAGCUUAAUGAGAAUCUGGAAAAAGAAGAAGUGCGUUCUCUCAUUUUUCUACUCAGAGAUUACACACCUCGUAUGAAAAUGGCAAAAGAUAAGAGUUUUCUAGCUCUUGUGAUUGACCUGGAGAAACUAAAUUGGGUAGCUCCUGAUCAACUGGAUCUGAUAGAAAAUUGUUUUCGAAGCAUUCACAGGAUAGACCUGAUUAAGAAGAUUCAGAAGUACAAACAUGAAGCUGCAAUGUGUUCUGCUCAUUCUCAGCCAGUAUAUGUCAACGCACUUCAGGCAUCUCUCCCUAAUCUCAGUCUGAUUGAUCCUCCUUAUCAUUCAGGGAUCCAGAAUGUGAACAAAGAAAAAUCAAAAAAUGGACAAAGUCUUAUUCUGGCAGAACCAGUCCACAUGUCCAUUCAGGAAUCAGGAGCAGCAUCAUAUGAGGUGUUUGAUGAUAAGUACAGAAUGCAAAGUCAGCCUCCAGGAAUAUGCCUGAUAAUAGACUGUAUUGGGAACAACGCAGAUAUGUUGGAAAAGACCUUCAGAUGCUUAGGCUAUGAUGUUCAUUGUCACAAAUACUUAAAUAUGAAGAACAUGAAUCAAACACUGAUUGAAGUUGCAAGGUUGCAGAAGCAUAGAAACUGUGACAGCUUCAUUUGCAUAUUGGUCAGCCGUGGAAAUUCUACGAGCAUCUUCUGUACGGACCAUACUUUUUCUGGAUUCCCUCUGGAACAAGUAAAGGUAUACUUCAGAGCAGACUCAUGUCCUGAACUCGUAGGAAAACCAAAGCUUUUUUUUAUUCAGAGCUACAUUGUGCCAGACAACGAGCAAGAAUGUACUAGUUUGUUGGAAGUAGAUGGGAAUGAUGAGAACUUCUUAGCUAAUGCAGAAAUCCCAUGGAAAGUCACUAUUCCCCAAGUAGCAGACAUCUUUUGGAGUCACUGCAAGGUGAAUGUGUCUACACUAGAAAAAUCUUCAAAUUCAUCCUCGUAUUAUCUGCGGUGCCUGGCUGAGCUACUCUGCAGUCCUCAUAAAAGGAAGUUGUCUAUAUUGGAUAUCCAUACGGAACUAAACAGAAGAGUCUAUGAAUGGAAUAAGACUGCUGACCCAGGCCAACAAUAUUCACUUCUGCUCCAGCACACAUUGAGAAAGAAGCUUUUCCUUUCUGCCAUUUAACUGCUGUUGGAAAGGGUAUCUCUGAGGUGGCUAAUGAGAAACGCGAUCCAGACAGUCCUCAUACAUGCCUUUCUUUACACGUUGUUACUGCAUGUAUAUCUAAAGUGCCUGUUGCUUCCAACCUCAGAGAUUCAGAAGCAUUUCAGUGUGUUAAGGCACUAGAUUUAUAUUCUAAUACAGAAGGUUCUUAAAGCUUGGAGGAGAAUGGUGGCUCUCAUUUGGCACUGCCACAGAUCUUUCAACAUGUACAACAGGUAAACAGGUUGGAAAGAGCUCUAAACUGUAGACCUGUUGGUUUCCCAGGGUUUUGUGUAUUGUUUCAUUGGUUCUUUUUUAGCAUACCUAUUAGCAGUGCACUGAUCUAGAUUCUUCUGUUGAUGCUUAAAACAAAUCCAAGCCAGUGCAGGCUGCUAAAAAGCACUGGGUGCUCUCCCCAGCACCUAAUAAAGGAAAACACGUUGGGAAAGAAUCCUUACCCAGCAAUGCCAGUUCUUCACUAACAAGUUCUGGCUUGCAUGCCUCCAUAGACUAACAUAACAGAAGAAGAGAGAUGGUUUUUUAAAUAAUUAGUAUUCCAUCUGCUUGCUGCAUUAAAGGUGAUUCACUCAGGACUACUGUCAGUAGUAUCCACAGCACACAAGGAUUCUGUUCUAUGUUAAUAAAUGAGACAGUAUGCCAUGCUGUGGGCCAGCUAUGUUUUUUGCUGAUGCAGAAAUUAGUUUAUAUGUGGCAGGGCUUUACAGUAAUCUACCACACAGUUAAAAAAUGUGGGAUUUUGGCAGGAAUUGUGGAAGCUGAAACGUGAUUCACACUUGUUGACCAGGUAUGGUUGUAAAAGAACACUUUAUCAUAUUUGAACCUGUAUUGUAUGCAGCCACUUGUUCUUAAAAGUGAGUUAACCACCACACCCACACUGCUUUUGCUCAUGAAAAGGGGUAUGUCUUUAUUAAUUGAUUCUUUCUUUUUUUUUUCCUCCAUGUUGCUCUUGUUCUUCUGAAAAAGGCAUGAGUGAAAACUAUAAAUACAGAAUUUUUUCUCCAGUGGAGCAGAUGCCUAACACAAGUUAGUUAACUGCUUGUUAUAUAACAGGAUAACCUCAGUGAGCUGUAUUAAAACUUAAUUUCACCGAAUUUAUGGCUUUCUCUUUCCUCCUAAAGUAGACCAUUUGCCAACUUUUAAUACUCCUAAUGCAGUGUCUUGUCCAGGAAAAAAAAAUAAAGGCCUUGGCGUGCCUUGCUUUGGUUUCUUGUGUAGUCACACCAUACAUCCUUCUGGCAUGUGUUUCAUGCCAGUAGAAAGGAGGUUUU